CAGCAAAUGCGGUGGGAUUGCAACUUUAUCUGAGCUCUUCUGAGCUCUCUGAGCUUUGGACAGUUUCUCUAUUGAUCUCUGUGAUUGCGCUUUCCACGACUAAGAAAGUCAAUAGGUGAAAGCUUGUAGAUCUCAAGGCAUGUGACAGGUUGAGAGAACCAGCACCUGUGAAAUGAUGGCGUUUCGCUUUUACCUCCACUAAAAUCACGGGGAUCGGCUGCUGUCAUUCAUUGCGACCCUGAAUUUCAACUUCAUGGCAUCUUUCUCUGUUUAUCAGAUAGACGUCUUUUAUUCUCAUAAUGGCGAGCAAUAUUAGCGAAGAUUCAGUGGAAAAUAACAGUCCAGAAACCUUAGGCCUUAAGCCUCCCUCGCGGUCGAAAUCGCGUACAAAGUCCGUGGACGAGCUUGUUGCUAAACUGGAGGAGCAAAACAGGUAAGAAUAUCUAGUACAGCCUACACUUUCCUCUUCUCUUGCUGGUAGAUAAGAUAAAACACGUCUUAAUUCUCAUUUCAAGAGAUAGCCGAAACAGAGAGAAAGCGAAAGCAAUUCAGUAUGACGAGUUCGCAUGUUUUGAGCUUCAUAAUAAGCUUAUUUUCUUUCUAUUUCCUCGGGUAGAACCUGUUUAGCUUGACAGAAAUAUGCAUAACCUUAUAUUUAACGUCUUUUCUUCUGCAUUUUAAUGAUUGAAUUGUCAAUAUCUCCCCUUCUCUUAUCUUUAUACUGUUUUGAGAAGAGAGCUACUCAAAAUACAUUAUUCAUUUCGGUGAACAUGAACUCUUAUGCAUUCGAUCAGUGCCAGUGCGGCUUUCAUGCACUUCAAUGUUAUUAGUAACAAAUAAUUAUUGAGAGCGCUAAAUUAUUUUUAAAAAUCCUUGGGUGACGCAUUUCCGGUAAAUAGGCAUGGUCAAAUUUUUAGUUCCAAACAUUUAGUACAUUUAACAUUUCAUGUUAUUAUUAUUUUUUUGCAACAUCUAUGUUGCAGGUAAUUUUUUUAUCCCAGGUAAUAUUUUGUUUUUCUUUUGUUUUUUUGGUAUGGCAAUGUAUGCUAAUGAAGUUGAAACAAAGGAAAAAUAAAAAUUAUCUAGGAUAAAAAAUUAACUACAACAUCUACAAAAGCUUUCAAUAUUUAAAAUUUUCUCUACUCAACACUACAUAAACUCAAUUUGUUUAAAUCUUAGACCUUGAGUGGUGGGAGCACUUUUUAAAGUGACUGAUUUUUUUUUAGCUGUUAUUUUGAUUUCUAAGGAUUGACGGAAAUCUGUAAGAACCCUGAGUUUUCUCCCACAUUAAGCAUCACACAAAGCUGCAUCAUACAAAGUACAGUUGUAAUAAUCAUUGUAAUCAGUAAAGGUCAUUAAAGGUCAUUUUAUUAUUUUUCACUGUUUCCAUCAUUAAUUCAAGGGAGACAGACUAAAAACAGAUGUUUCUGUUAAAAAUAUCUAACUGAUUACUGUAUGUUAAUUUAUUUGUGCAGUUUUCUUAUAGGCUUUUUUCAAUAACACCACUAGAAAUAUUUGUAUCACAGAAUUUCUCUAGGGAAUUACAAUCUCUCCAAGAGAAAUAUUGAAAACAAUGCUUAAGCAAAAUUUUGGAGGGAAGACAAAAUGUUUUAUGGUAUUUUUGAAAAAGGCUUAUAUUAUUAAAUAUUGCACUCACUAAUGAGUUUACAGAUAAGUUGGAUAUCUGCUUACAGAUAACUGACUAAUCUAUAGAUUGAAUGCACAGUAUAAUUGUCAUUUUCAAGACCAAUGUUAGCCUGCCAGUCAUGUGACAGUGUGUUUUUCUGUCAUUUUCUUCACAUCUAAGAACUGAAAUCACAUUCAAUGAGAUGCAAUUCAUGUUGCACAGGAAACGAGACGUGACUGGUAACGUACUUUUGAGUGGUACUGUAUAACUCUCACUCAUUUGCACUAGAUUUGGCACACAGGGAAAAUGUGGAUAACUGAAAUAAUAAUGCACACUGUAAAGCUCUCCGUAAGUGUUAUCAGCCUCAGAUUUAGCCUUGGCAGAUAAAACUUACCUAGACCUUGAUUAUUCAGAGAAUACCACAAGAAUCUCAUCCAAUAAUUGUUUAGGGUCUUACUUUCCAUGCCAGGUUGCUUAGCAGUGAUGCAAAAGCCUUGACAACAAUUCCUGAUGGCGCCAUAUUAUCACCAGCCACCAGCAACAACAAAAGAUGGUCAUCAUGCAGUGUAGGAAGUAAUUCCUUAGAUGGUGCCUCCGCAGAUUCCCCAGAGACACCAGAAAAUUAUGAAGAAGUCUGUGUGGAGGCUGACACCUAUCACCAAUGGGGACAACUCAUCGGCAACUGGAAUGACACACACAAGAAGAAGCCCAAACUAGUAAGGGAGAUGGUGAGGAGAGGAAUUCCCAAUGCUUUACGUGGAAUGGUGUGGCAGCUGCUUUGUGAAGCAAGGGAUCUUCCACUCAAAGAUCAAUAUCCUCAACUUAUUAAGGUGACUAGUUGUGUUAGUGGACCCUAAAAUUCCAAAAGUAAGCCCCUCCAUGUAUAAGCCCCUCCAAAUAUAAGCCCCCCAAAAUCGUAAUGCAAAAAAACCCUCCCUUAAAUCACCCUUCCGAAUAUAAGCCCCCUGGGGGGCUUGUACUUGAAAUUUGCCCUCGAAUACAAAGUAAAACAAAGCAAUAAUGAUAAAUUUCCUUCCCACUACAAGCUAGCCCAAUUGAUUUUGAAACGCAAAAUUUCCCUCCAUACAUAAGCCCCUCUGAAUAUAAGCCCCUCAAAAAGGGCCUUUGAAAAAUAUAAGCCCUGGGGCUCAUUUCGGAAUUUUAUGGUAUGUUAUUUGUGUGCAAUUAUACCCAAUGUGGUGUUGGAUCUCAAAGUCAGACGACAAAUAUUGAUUGUUAAAUUUAUUUCCAACAAAAAAGCUAAAGCAACUUGGAAGGAGAAUACUUCUCUUUUCAAAACACACUAGAGAAAACUCCCCAUUUUCCAACCAGGUACUGAUGUUCAAAUCCUAUAGAUGUUAUUUUAUUGCUACAGUUAGGAGUAAGGACAUGUCUUUUUUCGGCAGUGAACUAUUAGAUAGCAGAUUCAUCUUAAGUUUGGAAAACCUUCAUUACAUGCUUUCUGUUCAAAUAGGUCGUAAAAUUUUGUAAUAUUUGAUGUACAUUGUAUAAUGUCAGUUUGUUAUCACAAUAUUGUUUGAGCCAGCAGACUUGUGAAAUUGACAAAGACAAUUAUUUAUAAUUUCUUAAUUCAUGCUCAAAUUUGGUGUUUUAGGCACUUAAUCUACUACAGGUAGAUGUUUUACAAAUAAAUAAUUUUAUUAAAUUGUAGCUAUUCUUGCCUGGAGUUUUUUUAGUUGUUGUAUCAUGAUACAUGUACAAUGUACAGUAUCCGUUAUUUGUGUAGAGCAACUCAGCCUGUGAGAGGAUGAUCAAACGCGACAUUGCUAGGACUUUUCCUGAUCAUUCAUUCUUUAAAGACAAGGAUGGAAUUGGGCAAGGAACUCUCUUUAAUGUCAUAAAGGUAACGUGAUAUGAAGUGGUUGACUUAUGUUUGUGAUAAAGUGCGCAAUGUACAUGUAGUUACAGGAAUUCGUAGCAUGAGUGUAACUUGGUAAUCAUUAAUAUUGUUUGUUUUUCCAGCUUAGUUAAGAUCUUCAGUGUUCUGAAGACAAUAUUGUCAGACAAUUUAUUGUCAGUCAGCAAAGUUUAGAUAUUGUUUCUGCAGCCUUCUCCUUGAUUGAGCCUAGCAUGGUUGUGAACUUUUUGUGGAACUGGCUCUUUUUCUUGGUUUGAUGUAUUCUGACAAUCAGUCAUUGAGAUAUUAUUAUUUUAUUCGAGGACAUUAUUAUUAAUUCGUUCUACAGAAAUAAUAAUAUUAGAACCAUCUGGGGCAGCAGAUGUAUGUUUUCUUCAGAUUAAAAAAUGAAUAUUUAUUGGCAGUUUUAAAAUAGUACAAUGUAUUUUAUAAUAAUGACAUGUAACUUCCCUGGUAAAUAGUGCCAAUACCAUGGAUACUAAUUGUUGGGCAUCACUACAUUGAUAAACAUCUUUCCUAAAAGUGCACAUAGCUUGUCACACAGGAAAGCACCAUUUUAUGAGAAUGAAUGUGUUUAUACAACAACUCUUUGUUUGAGAAAUGAAGGUUUUAUUUAAUUUAAAUUAUUUAGUGGUUAACCCCUUAACCCCCCUAAAGAUUCUCAUUUGUAGCCUCUAUUCAUUCCCUAUAAAGCUAGUGGGUUGAAGUUAAGAAAAGAUGAAGUAAUUUCAUCUUGUAUGAUCAUACCCUUAAUUCUCAGUAUCCCACUGUUUUAUAAAACUUACAUGUACAUGUAAGAUAUUACAAGGAGAAAUUGAACGCUGAUCACUCUUAAGGCUUAAAGGGUUAAAUCAUGUGGAUGACUGGUACAAAAAAUGAAAAAGAAAAUUUAAUUAUGUUAUUCAUGCUAAAUUGUAAUAGGCUUACUCCAUUUGGGAUAAGGAGGUUGGAUACUGUCAAGGAAGUGCAUUCAUUGUUGGCAUAUUGUUAAUGCAGGUAAGAUUAAGCUUGUAUAAAUUUGCCUCUGUUGUACAUGUAGGAUAAGCAGAGUUGGUUUGAUCUAUUCUUGAUAAGUCAACUUCUUUCCUGACUUACAUGUACAGCAAUGCUGUAAUAUUGAAAUUGCUGUGCUUUAAAACUCAAAAGUAAAAAGCUAACCAAAAUUUGCUGAAUUUGCGACACGUCUCGAACUCACAGCUUGUUGAACUUGACUGCUCUGCCUGGCUGUCUAUUCCUGAUAAUUAUUCAAGUCAAAGAUUAAUUUAUCAGUAAAAAUUAUUUCAUGGUUGUCGCAAGAUUUGGAGUUCAGCAAACAAGUUAUUCGAUUCAGGGUUAUACUAUACAGUGUCUCGCACAAGAAACAUCUGAUCUACAAGCAUUUUAAUCAGGUUUUAAAUGUCACUCUCUUCACUUAAUGCAAAUUUGCCAAGCCCCAUCCUCUGCCUUAGUCUCAAUUUUCAAUCUCACAGUUAUUUACAUGUAGUUGCUGUUUCACCUGUGUUAAAAAAUUCAAACAACUCCUCCUCUGUCAGUCAAAGUGGUUCAUGUCAUGAACGCUGAUUAAGAAAACUAUGUGGUUAAAUAGUCAAUAGUAUUCACUUGAGAUCAAUUGACAGUAAUUUAUGUACAGCACUAAGUUGAGAGUAUGUAUAGUAACUUCCUUCUUAGUGAAAUUAGAGAUGCUUCACACUUACAUGUACCUAUUGUAAAUACUUCUAAUUACAUUAAUUUUCUAUUCUUCUUUUGUAGAUGCCCGAGGAAGAGGCAUUUUGUGUAUUUGUAAAACUUAUGCAAGAUUACAGAAUGAGGGAAAUAUUUAAACCAACAAUGGCAGAACUGGGCCUUUGUAUAUUUCAGCUAGAAAGCUUCUUACAGGUACAUUUUGGACAGAGGAGGCAACAUUUUGUUUUGUUUUCUUGUAUGCACAUACAUAGCCUGAGGAAACAGCCAUUGUUUUGCGAUGCCACCACUGGUCUCACCGUCGAGGAAAUGACUUUUGAGAAAUGAGCAAGGAGUUUCCAUACUGAUGAUGUGUGACUACGCAGAUCUGGGUAGCGCUUCUGAUUGGUAGUGCCACUUGGGAAAUUUGCCUCAGCCAAUCAGGUUGGAAUGAUGAUUUGUCAUCAGUAUGGAAUUUCUUUGCACAUUUUUCAGAGGCCAUUUUCGCGGGGAAAUCAGUGGUGGCAUUGUGUAAUCUCGCAUGUUUUAUCAUGCUGGUACAUACACAGACAAUAAUAGCUGUAUUUACCGGUACUCAAUAAAUCACUCCAGAACGUGCAAAUUCAUGCUUAUUGCUGUGAUAAAAAAAAAAAUACAAUAAUAAGGCACUGCCUCAGUAAGGCACUGGUCAUUGAUUAUGGUUCUUUUGUCAUUGCUGUUGCCUUUUUCACUGAAAUGAUUGCUGAACCUAGUCAUACCAGUGCUUUAAAAAAAUGGUGCUUUCACCUUUAAGAACUGGAAGAAAGACUAGACCAGUGUUAUUUUGUGUCUUUUAUAUAAAAAUAUCAGUGGUGCUGCCAUUGUUGAUGCCACUGAUUGGUAUUAAUCUAAGUUUAUUUUUUAUUCCUUUAAGGAGAGUCUGCCUUUAUUGUUUUCACAUUUUCAAGCCCAGGUUAGUUCUGUACAUAGUUAUGGAAUGAACAUGAUCUACUGCGGCUUUUUUUUUCAUUAUACCUACUACCUAAAUUGAUAGAAGUACAUGUAUAUGUGGAAAUGUAGUUUGAUACAUGUAAUACAUGUAAUUAUUGACUGUCAUCCAUUCACUAUCCAGGUGUCCGGCUCCAAGUCUCCCCUCUCCCCUCCCCUCCCAUGCAGGUUGAAUCACUGAAAAUUCCAAUGGCCUGGGAGGAGGAGCAGGGUCUCAGUGGCCAAAAUUGUGGAAGAAAAGUAUGACACCCACCAACAUGUACAAACCAAUAAUCCCUUCUUGGGAGGAGUAUGGAUAUUUUUCUGGAGUAACUCAUCUACAGGCUGUAUGUAGAUUUUGACAUGACAUCGUAGAAAGGAACGUUGUGUUGGAAGAUUAAUUUUUUUCGUUAUAAUAGUUUAAAAGAGCUAGUUACACUGUACGGUUUCUUAAUCUUGAAAAACUUUAGCCAAAAUUAACUUUUUAAGUGAAGUGUUUCUAAUUGCUUUUAAUCUCCUUUUUUCUUGUCGUAGGGUUUUCACACAGCUAUGUAUGCAUCAUCGUGGUUCUUGACACUGUUUGCUUCUGUGUUUCCCCUGAAUGCUGCGUUUAGGAUAAUGGACGUUUUCAUUUGUGAGGUAUUGCUCCAGGAUGGUUUUGCAAUGCACAUGUCACUUAAAUAAAUUAAAAUGUUGAAGUGUUUGACACUUUGUUCUUUCCUAGUAAGUGUGAGAGGCAGCUUUUUUUUUCUUUUUCGGUAACAUUUUUGAAUUCUAGCACAUGCACAAAUAAUUUGAGUGUCCCAGGACAGGAAGUAUACUUAUUAACAAUUACUAGGCAAUGGAAAGCCUAUUAAUAGCGAAGCUCUUCUUCGGUGUUCUCUCGGAUGGGAACCCCGUUGUAAUGAAUGGGAAAUGGCCAUAUUAUUAUUCUGUUGUCGUUGUUGCGUGACUGCGUACGUACAUCAGUAAAGGAAACAUGCACUGCGCAUGCGCAAUAGCAGCCCCUGGUAAGCCGUAUUUAUCUCGGCGGGAAUUCGUACGUCCUUAGAAGAAAAAAGUGAUUUAUCCAAAAUAAUACGUAUACUUUCCUAGGUUUUUAACUCAGGCUUUUGGAACGUGUUGUUUUGCUCUUUUUUAGUUUAAUUGCCUUUUUUUUUGCAAGGUUUUGAUCUUUUAACAUGGGAUUUCUUUUGUUUUGGAACUGUUCGUAGACUGAGUUUGAUGUGAUGUUGCCUUAACUUAAGUCUUACCGUCAAUGGUUCUGUUGUUCUUUUAUAGGGAAGAGAAGGUCUCUUUCGUGUGAUAUUGGCUAUGCUUACACUAGGACAAGAGGAAAUAUUGGAACUUGAUAUUGAAGGAAUGCUUA